AUGGGUUCUAGUGCCAAGAAGAAGAAGGAGAAGCAGAAAGACUUCCAGACUCUUCCAAGAGACGAGAUCAAGCAUGGCACGGAGCACGCAUCAAUGUACAUACGGGCAGGAAUGACGCAUUUGUCCGCCGAUAUAAGUAACGACUCGCUGGCCGAGAUGGAAUGGCUACUCGAGGUAGCUGGUCCCGAGCUGGUCAACUGUCCAGGUGGAUGGGUUAAGACUCUUGGUACAUUUUGUGCAAUGAUGGGCUGGGCUGUAUCUUCUUCUAAUGGGGGUUGGACUUCGGCCACACGCACGUCAAUGAAAGCCAAGGACGCUCAAACCCUUGCCAAACAGAUCACAGCACUGUCUCGGUUUCUCCAAGCUGGAUUCGCGGAUGAAUCAUCUCAAGUGGAGAGCUCUUCUCAAUACUGGGAUACUCUGUACAGAGUACCUCUUGCGCCGAAUUCCUUUGAAUAUCUCAAUCUCUCUGGCGCUCGUCGUGAUGAAGAAGGCGAGAUGUAUUCAAAUCGAGCGGCCCGACAAGAAAUAUUCUGCAAGAGAUUUCUUGAUGCUAUUAACAAGGGCCUUGAUAAGGCCAAGAAAGAAGGAGGUGCCACUGGUCGUGCUGCCUCUUUAAUGGAGCAGAUUUUGAAAGACGGCCUGGCCGAUUUUGAGCCUUUAGCUGCAAUGGAUACACAAGAUCUGCUCGAUUUAUGGUGA